CCGAUGGCUUUGUGCUUCCAGAGGGACCUGCGGGCUCCGGCCCAUGGCCUUCGACCACAGCUCCGCGGUUCCCGAGUGCGAUUCAGAGGAUGAGGACACGACUUUGGGAUCUUCUGACGGCCUUUCCCUUCUCGUGGACGGCCCCGGUGUCCCCUCGGGGACCUGGCCCGGCAUCGUCAGCAUCCAGGCCAACCUGGAGAACGGCACGUGGCACAUGUGCUCGGGGGCCCUCAUCCACCCCCAGUGGGUGCUCACGGUCGCCCGCUGCUUCAUCGAGGCUGAGGACACCUCCAGGUGGGAAGUGGCGAUCGGAGCCACCGACCUGGCUAAGCCGGGCCCUGAGUACAAGCUGCGCCGCAUCCUGAGGGUCCUGAUGCACCAGAACUACGACGCCGACUCGGAGUGCAACAACAUCGCCCUGCUGCAGCUGGACCAGCCCGUGGAGUGCAGCGACUACAUCCAGCUGGGCUGCGUGCCCGACAGCUCCCUGGCAGUGCCCGAGCUCAGAACGUGCUUCAUCGCGGGCUGGAGAGCCAGCCCGGGCAGCGGUCAGUGCCCGCCGGGGGCUCAGGAGGAGCUGG